AUGUAUGAUGAUGAAAAAAGAACACAGUUAGUACCAGUAUUAUAUAAAUUAGAAUUUGUUGCAUUAGUCAUUCAAAAUUUGUACACUAAUACUUCUUUAUGUGAAGGUUUUCUUAUUGACCUUCAACAAACUAUUAGAAAAUUCAAUGGAUUAAAUAUUGGAGAAAAAAUGUUUAAAUAUAUGGAUAGUCAUCCUGCAACAGUUAAAGAAGAGGAAGAAAGUGAAGAAGAAAAGGAACGUGCAUUCAAUAAUUUAUUAGAUGCAAUUAGAAAUAAUAUUCAAGGAAUAUUAGACUUAUUACCAGGUAAUUUAAGUAACCAAUUAUUAGAAGCAAUUAAAUUAGAAAAAUACGUUUAUGAUGAUUAUCAAAUUUAUCAUGCUACAAUGGAUACAAUUAAUACAUUCACUCAAGCAUAUAAUGCUAAAAUAAAUAAAUUAGAUACAGAAAAUAUGUUACUUAAAAAUGAAUAUGACAAAUUAUUUAAAGAACAACAAGAAUUGGUUCAACAAUUAGAUGCUUUGGAACGAAAAUUAGGUCAGGAAGAUCUUGAAAAAACAAGAAAUGAAAAACAAAAAAUUUUUAAUAUUUUUAAGAACUUAAAAGAAAGAAAAUUAAGAUCAAAGAAAAUGGAAAGUAACACACAACCACUUAUUCCACAACAAAAUCAUAAAAAGUAUCAUACUUAUUCAUUUAUAACAUGUUUUGCUGUUGUUGUUAAUUAUAUUGUCGGUACAGGAGUAUUUGGAUUACCUUCAGCAUUUUAUUCAGCUGGAGUGCCAUUAUCAACAAUUACAAUUCUUAUAUUUUGCAUAUUAUCAUGUGUCACUGCUAUUUAUGUAAUUGAAACAUUGUCAAGAUCACAUGGAUAUGCUAUGGCAGUUGAGUCAGGAGAAUAUAAAUGUGAAAUGGGAUAUGAGGUAUAUGAUUAUUCAUCUAUGGCACAGAUGUGGGGAGGAAAACCAGUUAAAUGGGCAACUACUAUUACAUUAAUGUGUAGUGCAUAUGGAUCAUUAUGGGCAUAUGUUGCUACAUGUGUUUCCACACUAUCAACAUUAUUUUGGUUGAUUUAUUCUAAUGAGCCAAUGAAGUGUGAUGUAUCUAAUAGAUGGCAUUUUGACUGGAAAUGUAACGUAACAUAUUUUACAUCAAUAGCUGUAUAUGGACUUGUUGUUAUCCCACUUACAUUUAUUGACCUUACUGAACAAUCGUUACUUCAAUUAGUAUUAACUGUUUAUAGAUUUGUAUCAUUUCUCAUCAUGUUCAUUACAUGUGCUGUACAAUUAGGAAAAAAUGGACCAAUAGAAUUAAAAGUAAAUACAUAUGAAGAUGUUAGUUUUCUUAAAGAAUUUAGGUGGGUUGGUUUUGGUUCAAUGUUUACACAUGUUGCAUUUGCAUUAGCAUGUCAACAAAAUUUACCUGAUGCACUUGCACCAUUAAAUAAAAAGAAGUUUUCACAUAUUGCCACACUAGGGUCAAUUAUAUUAUGUUGUUUUAUUUAUAUUGGGAUUGCAUUAGUUACGUCAUGGUGUUUUACAACAUCAACACCAUCACCAGUAACAUUGGCAUGGGCAGAUUAUAAUGGAUAUGAAGGUGGAUGGGGAGUAGGAAAAGCUAAAUGGUGGGCAAUAAUUAUCAAAUAUAUGAUUUUAUUAUUCCCCAUUGUUAAUCUUACAAAUGAAUUUCCAUUAGUAGCAACAACAUUAUCAACUAACAUGAGAACAUUAUUUAGAAAUAAAAAUAGUAAAAGAACAAAAUUUAUUACUAAGGCAUUAGCCGCAUUUCCACCUUUCAUUUUAACAUGUGCAGUUGGUAGUUUAAGAGUAAUAUUUGAUGUUACUGGAUCAUUUUCAUUUGUGUUAUGUUUCUCUUUACCAUGUAUUUUCCAUUAUUUAUCAAGAAGAAAAGUUAUUGCUAAAUUCAAUAAAACUAAAACACCAUUUAGUGGACCAUGGUCAAGAAUUGAAGUUACAGGGGCUGUAUUUAUUAUAUCAUUAUUGCUCUUUAUCACUGCAGUAGUAUUUAUAAUAAAAGAAUUAGUCACGAAUUUUACUGUUGCCUAA